AUGUCUGCGGUGUUUGAUGGAAGUGGGCUAAAAGCGGCGCAGAGCUCCCACAGUCACACACCACACACUGCCCUGAGUGCACAGGAGCUGUCACAGGAGAUCAAAUCAUUUAUCAAUGGUGUGGACAGUGUCCAUGGACGAAAGCUCAGUGUGAGAGAACAUGCCCGGUGUGCUGUGCGCCUGCUGCGCGCGGUCCCCGCGUGUCGCACCGCGGUACUGGAGCAUCUGAGAGGCGUCUAUGAUGAACAUGUGUCCGCCUUCCUGCUCCAGCUCGAGACGGAGGCAGAGGGAGGCUCUGCGACCAGCACAAAUCUCGAAGAUAUUAUCCAGGAAGUUCAUGGGGUCCUUUCUGAAUUCAUUCGUCUCAAUCCACGGGCCUGGGCUCCACUGGUUUCGACUUGGGCUGUAGACUUACUGGGGCAGUUGAGCAGUAAACAUGCAGGCCGCAGAGGUGCCCCUCACUCCUCCAGCCUGAAUGAGCUGCUGCAGCUGUGGAUGUCCUGUGCUGCCACACGCUCUCUUAUGGAGGCCUAUUCCCAGUGUUUGGCUGCUAUGCUGACCUGGUGUCCUGACGCCUGUGUAGAUGCACUCCUGGACACAUCUGUUCAACACUCGCCUCACUUUGACUGGGUUGUUGCCCACAUCGGCUCUGCUUUUCCAGGAACCAUCACCAGCAGAGUGUUGGCCUGUGGACUCAAAGAUUUCUGCUCUCAUAAAGAUCAAAGUGUGGUAGUGAUGGGAAUGGACAAAGGUGCUAAAGUCCCCAAAAUUGGCUCUGUGGUUGGAAUUCUUGGUCACCUGGCUGUGCACCAUUCUGACUGUAUCAGGAAGGAGCUUCUCCGGAUGUUCCAGGAAAGCUUAACCCCACCCAGCCCUCUGUCUCCAGAUUUAUCCGCCAGUUCCUGGGAGUCAUCUCCGCAACUCUGCCGAGCUGUAGUACCCUUCCUUUUGCAGCUGGCCGCCAUGUCUCCUGACCUGUUUGGGGCUGUGUCCUCAGAGCUGGUCGAGCUCUUACGGCCUCCUGUAUUGCUCCAACUUCACAGUAUGCUGCAGGGCCUUCCCAGGGAAGAGUUGGACAAUAUGGUAGGACUUGCUGUUCACCUCAUUAGCCAGAGUCCCACAGGGGGGGCACGAACCCUGCGCUUUAUUGCUGACUCUGCUACUCCAGCCUCCGUAAUUAUUUCUGGCCCUACCUGUUCUCCACACGAGGGAGUAAGGGAAGGGUGUGAUCGCCUGCUUCAAAUGUUGCUGCUCCAUCUACAUAAACUGGUUUAUAACCGUACAGAUGAAGGCACAUCUCGCUCCUCGAUCAUGUCUCAACCACAAAGAAAAAUUCCUUUUUUGGAGGAGCUUCAGUCCUUUGUGGGUGAACUAUGUGCUGAGACCCUACGCCUUGAGAGAAAACGACAUCUGUGGUUGCACCAGCUCCUCUGCCUGCUGUCCGUUUAUGGGGGUCCAAGUGUGGCCACCGAGGCUAUGUGUCAGCUCCUCACCCAGGCCCGAAACCCUGAAGAACUGGCCCUGGCCUGGCAGCUCCACAGCACACUAUCCCUGUGUAUGAUUGGACUUGCUCCUGCUGCCAUCACCCGCUCGGUCGCACAGAUACACACAAACACGCUCAAUCCACGACAGCUUCGACAACUGUUGCUUAACCUCACCGCUGUUAUCCGGAGCCAGGAGGAAGAAACACGAGGAGCAGCAGGACUCCACUGUUCCAUGUCGAUGCAGUUAGGAUCAGCAGUCUCUGAACACCUCCAUGAUUUUGGUCCUCUUCUUCUGCACGGUGACUCUGCGGUUUCCCACGCAGCAGUGCAGCUUUUAUCUUGCAGCCCACUCCCUCACACAUCUUCUCCAAGCCACCUGCUGCUGCUGUCACGUGCUGCAGUCACUUACUUCUUUUUGGCAUUGCGAAAAAGACAAGAGGGGCUAAUAGGGGGAAGAGAUAUUGGACUCACACGAGAGGCUGUAAAUUGCUCUGUGCUGCUGCUGUCGCGAUUUGCUGGUUACUCCCCUCUCACUCUCAAGUCCAUUCUUCAGCAGCUUGUAGAAGGAGCGCUGCACAAAGGAAAUGCAGAUCUGUUUGGAGGGCAAACGUGCGACAUAACUGAUGUACCAGCACCUUCCACAUCUGCGUCUUCAGACCACAGAACUUCACUUCUUAGCAUCAAUUGUCAGUUCAGCACCACAGCCAACUUCUCUGGAAGUGUGUGGUCUGUGUUUCAUGCUGGCGUGAUUGGAAAGGGAUUAAAAGUCAACUUUCCAACUAAAGUCCCUCAUCCUUCUGCAGCAAACCAGAACAUCCAGACUCUCAUUGCUGUCCUGGUGCAAUGCUGUAGCUCCUCGGGUCUCAGUGGCUCACGACCUUCUGACCUCGGGGAAUCUCCAACAAUCAAUGCAGAAGCCGCCAAAGUUGUAGCAGUCACAAUGGUUGAAAAUGUUUGCCCCGAUGUGUCCAAUAGUGAGCUGUCAUGGCCACCAGAAGAGCACGCUCGCACUACGGUAGAGAGGGAUAUCCACAUUCGUCGUUACUUUGAGGCCCAUCCGGUGCUAUUUCCUAUGCUUCAAGUGGUGGCAGCUGGACGCCCUGCUCUUUGCUACUGCUCUGCUGUGCUCCGAGGACUCCUCGCCACUCUGCUUGCACACUGGGAGGCGUCCCGUGAUGCUUCAUCCACAGACUCCCCUUGGCACCUUCAGGCCUCCAGCCUGCUUGUAUCCUGCAUGGGGGAAGUCAAAUGGGCGGAGUGUAGCGCGGUCAGCAAGAUGGCCGCCUUCACUGAGAGGAUGGCCCCGGUCCUGGCUUUUAUACUGUUUCUCAGUCUUGGGGGUGCAUGGGCUGUGGACAGAGGCAACUUUAAAACCUGUGACCAGAGUGCCUUUUGCAAGCGUCAGCGAGCAUUGAAGUCUGGGGAGUCUCCUUAUCGAGCCCUUCUGGAGACCAUGGAGUUAACCAACACCAGACUAACCCUACAGCUCAUAAAUGAUAACAAUAAGGUGCGUCUGUUGUUAGAGCUGUACCGUCUCCAGGGAAACAUGACAAGGGUGAAGAUUAAUGAGCUGAAGCCUCUCAAGCCGCGCUACGAGGUCCCAGAUGUCCUCAUCAAAGAGCCUCCCACUGAGCCCCUGGCUCUCUUAUCCCAAGAUGAGAACGGGGUGGUGCUGUCCCUGGGGGCAGAGUCCCAGCGGGUGAUUGUCAGCGUUCGGCCCUUUCGUCUGGACAUCAUGGAAGGGCAUGAUGUGGUGAUGUCACUCAACUCCCGUGGGCUGUUGGCUUUCGAGCACUUGAGGAUGCGGAAGGACACUUUCUCCUAUAAAGUAACUAGCACAGUGGCUAGUGUGUGGGAUAAUGUCAAGAGGGUUUUCUCUAGUCAAGCGGAAGCCGAUGCAGAGAAGAAAGAGGAUGAUCCGGCAAACCAGCCAGAGGAAGCAAAAGAAGAGGAUGACAAAGUAGAGGGCAUGUGGGAGGAAACAUUUAAGUCUCACACCGACACCAAACCGAAUGGUCCCUCAGCUGUGAGUUUAGACUUUUCUUUGCCUGAAGUGGAACAUGUGUACGGCAUUCCCGAACAUGCAGAUAACUUAAAGCUUAAAACCACAGAAAACGGAGAUCCAUAUCGGCUUUAUAACUUGGACGUUUUCCAGUACGAGCUUUAUAAUCCUAUGGCUCUCUACGGGGCCGUCCCAGUCAUGUUGGCCCACAACGCGCAGAGGACCACCGGGAUCUUCUGGCUCAAUGCUGCAGAGACGUGGGUGGACAUCAGCUCCAAUACAGCUGGAAAGACCGUUUUUGGAAAGAUGCUGGAUUAUGUGCAGGGAUCCAGUGAGAAGCCCCAAACCGACGUGCGUUGGAUAUCUGAGAGCGGGAUAAUCGAUGUCUUCAUAAUGCUUGGACCAACACCCAAAGAUGUGUUUUCCCAAUAUGCCUCGCUCACUGGCACACAGGCGUUUCCUCCUAUUGCUGCUCUGGCUUAUCACCAGUGUCGGUGGAACUAUAAUGACCAGGAGGAUGUGAAGAACGUUGAUGCUGGCUUUGAUGAACACGACAUCCCCUAUGAUUACAUUUGGCUUGAUAUUGAGCACACUGAUGGAAAGCGCUACUUUACCUGGGAUCCCCACAAGUUUUCCAAUCCUAAAGAGAUGCUACAGGGUAUCAAGGACAAGAAACGCAAGAUGGUAGCCAUCGUUGACCCACACAUCAAAGUUGACAGCAACUACAAGAUCCAUAAUGAAAUCCAGUCAAAAGGAUUCUAUAUUAAAAACAAGGAUGGGGGAGACUACGAGGGCUGGUGUUGGCCAGGUAGUGCUGGUUAUCCAGACUUCACCCGUGCAGACAUGAGGGCCUGGUGGGCGAGCAUGUUUGCUUAUGAUCAAUAUGAAGGAAGUAUGGAAAAUCUCUACACAUGGAAUGACAUGAACGAGCCGUCUGUUUUUAAUGGACCUGAGGUCACGAUGCACAAAGACGCCAAGCAUGGAGACUGGGAGCAUCGUGACGUUCAUAACUUAUACGGGCUCUAUGUGCAAAUGGCAACAGCAGAAGGUCUGAUCCAGCGAUCUGGAGGUGUUGAGCGUCCAUUUGUCCUCACCAGAGCUUUCUUUGCCGGAUCUCAACGCUUUGGUGCUGUGUGGACCGGCGAUAAUGCAGCUGAGUGGGAUCAUCUCAAGAUCUCUAUCCCAAUGUGCCUGAGUCUUGGUUUAGUGGGAAUCUCUUUCUGUGGAGCUGAUGUGGGAGGCUUCUUCAAGUCCCCCAACGCUGAGCUUCUAGUACGUUGGUACCAAACAGGAGCUUACCAGCCCUUCUUCAGAGCGCACGCUCACCUGGACACUCCGCGUCGGGAGCCGUGGCUCUUUGGUCCUGAGAACACGGCUCUGAUCCGUGACGCAGUGCGUCAGCGCUACUCUCUGCUGCCAUACUGGUACCAGCAGUUCUACCAUGCUCACCUGAGCGGGGAUCCCAUCAUGAGACCAUUGUGGGUGGAGUAUCCUCAAGAUCCAGCCACCUUUGCCAUUGAUGAUGAGUUUCUUAUUGGAAAAGACUUGUUGGUGCAUCCGGUGACUGAGGAGGGAUCUAGAGCAGUUAGUGCAUAUCUGCCAGGGAAAAACGAGCUUUGGUAUGACGUCCUAACUUUCCAGAAACACAACGGUGGCCAAAGUCUUUACAUUCCUGUUACUAUGAGCACUAUUCCAGUGUUCCAGCGCGGCGGUUCAAUUAUUCCCAGGAAGCUCCGUGUUCGCAGAUCAUCUACCUGUAUGGAAAAUGACCCUUACACUUUAUACGUUGCUUUAAAUCUACAGAGAGCUGCUGAGGGUGAACUUUACAUUGACGAUGGCCACACAUUUGGCUAUCAGAAGAACCAGUUUAUCCACAGAAGACUGGCAUUUUCCAACAAUGUCCUCUCCUCUGUAAACUUGAAUUCAGCUGUCCAGUUCCCUACUUCGUCUUGGGUUGAGCGUGUGGUUAUUAUUGGUGCCAGUAAACCCAGCAAGGUGAUGCUUCAGACCGCCGAUGGCCAGGAGAGCAGUGUGGAGUUUGACUUUGACGCCUCCAUGUCAGUGUUGACGCUGCGCAAACCGGGAAUGAACGUCGGGGACGACUGGAGAGUGACGAUGCAGUAA